AUGACUGGAUUUUAUCGGAUCCGAUGGGAAUCCGUCGGAGUUUGCCGGCGUCCUAACCACAGGAUUCCGAUAGGCGGUUCUGAAUGUCGGAAUGAUCACGAUACUGCGGAAUUCUGGAGAAUCCGACACUUUCCAACAUCUGGAGCCGCCUGUCGGAAUCCUGUGGUUAGGUUUCCNGGAUUUUAUCGGAUCCGAUGGGAAUCCGUCGGAGUUUGCCGGCGUCCUAACCACAGGAUUCCGAUAGGCGGUUCUGAAUGUCGGAAUGAUCACGAUACUGCGGAAUUCUGGAGAAUCCGACACUUUCCAACAUCUGCAGCCGCCUGUCGGAAUCCUGUGGUUAGGUUUCCUGGAACUUCCGCCGAGUUCCCCAUCGGAUCCGAUGGGCUGAGUUUGACCUGGGGUGAGAAAAAUACUAAUUCAUUACUGAAAAAGUUUCAUUCAGUGCGGCACACAACAGAAAGUGGAUCGCAAACAUCAUUUAUAUACACUAUUUUGAUAAGAAUGAUGACAACAGAUGUUGAGUGGUGGCUUAUUUUCAUAGAUGUAUCAAUGAUUUUAUCGACGGUUUUAGCGAUUCUUCUCGCAAUUAUAUUUAUAGUUAUCGUUCUUACGCACCGAACAUGUAGAAAAGCAUCUAUGAUUCUUAGUAGUACUCUAUGUUUUGCAGAGCUCUUCUUUGGAUCUGUGACGGCAAGUAUAGCUGUAUUUUCACUCCAAAAUGACCGACAACAAAGAGUUUUUCAAGAUUCACUUUGUGUAUUUCGUGGUUACAUGGGCUUUGUAGGAUUUUGUUUACUCAUGAAUUCUUGUGUUUUACAAGCAAUUUAUCGAUAUAUUGUCAUUGUUUAUCCAACUCGUCUUUCCUGGCAAUCAGCUCGAGUUCAACUUAUUGCAAUAUCUGUUACGUGUUUAUAUUGUUUCGUCACGAUGCUUCCUUGGUUUCUCACUGGUAAUAUCACAUAUAGUAUUGAUGAUCAAGUAUGUUUAGUCUCAUUACAGCUAUCGGUACCUGUUAUAUACAAUAUGUUUAUGACAUUUGUAUUUCCGAUAUCAAUUAUAAUGUUAAUCUAUAAAAAACUUGUUUAUCAUGUUCAGCAAAUAAGUAUUCGUGCAACAUCGAAUCAAACUGUAUUUCAAGCUCGACGUAACUUUACCAUUGUUUCUCGUAUUAUCAUCAUAGUUAUCAUUUUACUAGUCUUAGGUAUACCCUAUAUGAUCUUCAAUUUCAUGUCUUUCUUUACAAAACCAUCGAGAUAUCAUUUACGUAUUACUGUUUUGCUCCUUGAUGUCUUUCAGCCAUUAACAAUGAUGGUCAUCUUUCUAUCAAAUCAACCAGUCAUGGAUAUCAUAAAAAAAUGGAAAUGCUCCAUGGUCAACACUAUUCAACCUACAUAA